AGGGCGCCUCAUGGGCCUACCUUGGAGGAGGAGAGGAAGACCAUCCCCAAGGCGCCGCCCAGUUUCGAGUGGCGCCUCCUCUUUCGGCUGCCUGCUGAGCAGGACAGAGACUCAUCUCCUCCUUAGCGCCCUCACGCGUCUCCCUUGCCCUUCCCAACCCAGCUCUUCUCUGCAGGCAGAGAAGCAAUGGCGAACAUCCGAGAUUUGCCUGAGGACAUCCUGCUUGAUAUCUUGACUCUGGUCCCCUUGAAGGACCUGAUUCUCAACUGUCGGCUGGUUUGCACCCAGUGGCGCAAUCUGGUGGAUUUGCCGGUUCUCUGGAAGCGUAUCUACCAGCGAAAGGACAUCAGGUGCCCACUACGGUCGGUUUGCUACAUUCUUUCCCACCUGGAGAAGAAUUUAGUCAAGAACCCCUGUGGCGAAGAGGGCUUGGAUUGCUGGGAAAUCAAGACCCCUAGUAGUGGCCAGUGGAAAAUUCAGCAACUGUCUGGAAAAGCUUCGAUGAGACUUGAAAUGAGGAAUUUCCAUCAGAGGCGUCCUGCUGUGCAAGAUGGGCUGGGCCAUCGGGUUACCAAAUGCUUUUCUGCAUGCAACGGGCUCUGCAUCAAGUCUCAGCUCAUCACCUUGAAGGACGAAGGCUAUUGGGAUGAGCUGAUGGAUAGAGCCAAACCCAACAUUUUGGUGACAGAUUGGUUUUAUUGCCGCCAGGGCUCCCAGUACCGGCUGCACAUGAAGCUGUUGUCAGCAGACUUCCAGCUCCUCAGAGAAUUUUGUACUGAUGAUAUGUACAUGCAAGGAUGGAAGCAUGGAAGGUGGCGCAAGGUUUGCUACAUUCUUUACAAAUGUGCUGGUGUCCGCCAUAUCGUCUUUGAGCACCAAGGCCAAAAUGUGAAUGGGCAGCCAUCAAGGGACCGUGGCAUGCAGAUCACCAAAUCCAGCAUCAUGAUUACCAAGUGCUGAUGAUGCUGGAGUGAACGUGUUAAAAUCACAUUUCGGCAUACAGAACGAAGUCCUCCCCUUCUUGUUUGCUUUGCCAUUUUGGCGGGGAGGGGGGGAUGAAUUGCUAGGUAUGUGUGUUGGUUUUUUUGUGCUGCAAAAUAAACUUUUUAACAUUCUUA